GAUUGUGAAGAAAGCUGAGAGAGGCUGAAAUCCUUUCACAUAAGCAUAAAAAGAAAUACUGGACCUCAUGGAAGAAGAGCAAGAUUUACCAGAACAACCAGUGAAAAAAAUUAAAAUGCAGGAAUCAGGAGAGCAAACAUUAAGUCAAGUAAACAACCCAGAAGUCAAUGAUCAGAAACCGGAAACUUCAAGUCUUGCAUCAAACCUUACCAUGUCAGAAGAAAUUAUGACAUGCACCGAUUACAUCCCUCGCUCAUCCAAUGAUUAUACCUCACAAAUGUAUUCUGCAAAACCAUAUGCACAUAUCCUCUCAGUUCCUGUUUCAGAAACUGCUUACCCUGGGCAGACUCAGUACCAGACCCUACAACAGUCUCAACCCUACGCGGUCUACCCUCAGGCAACCCAAACAUAUGGACUACCUCCUUUUGGUGCACUGUGGCCAGGUAUGAAACCUGAAAGUGGUUUAAUUCAGACUCCAUCUCCAAGUCAACACAGUGUUCUUACCUGCACUACAGGGUUAACCACAAGCCAGCCAAGCCCAGCACAUUAUUCUUAUCCUAUUCAAGCUUCAAGCACAAAUGCCAGCUUAAUAUCCACUUCAUCUACAAUUGCCAAUAUUCCAGCAGCCGCAGUUGCUAGCAUUUCAAACCAGGACUAUCCCACCUACACUAUCCUUGGUCAGAGUCAGUACCAGACGUGCUACCCCAGCUCUAGUUUUGGAGUCACUGGCCAAAGCAGCAGUGAUGCUGAGAAUACCACGUUAGCAGCAACCACAUACCAAGCCGAGAAGCCUGCUGUCAUGGUCCCUGCAGCGCAGAGACUUUCCUCUGGAGACCCUUCUACAAGCCCAUCUUUGUCCCAAACUACACCAAGUAAAGAUACUGAUGACCUAUCUAGGAAAAAUAUGACAGGCAAGAACCGGGGCAAGAGGAAAGCUGAUGCCAGCUCUUCCCAAGACAGUGAAUUGGAACGGGUUUUUCUAUGGGACUUAGAUGAAACCAUCAUCAUCUUCCAUUCCCUCCUAACUGGAUCCUAUGCCCAGAAAUAUGGAAAGGACCCAACAGUAGUGAUUGGCUCAGGUUUAACAAUGGAAGAAAUGAUUUUUGAAGUGGCUGAUACACAUCUCUUUUUCAAUGACUUAGAGGAGUGUGACCAAGUACAUGUAGAAGAUGUGGCUUCUGAUGACAAUGGCCAAGACUUGAGCAACUACAGUUUUUCAACAGAUGGUUUCAGUGGCUCAGGAGGCAGUGGUGGCCACGGUUCCUCAGUGGGUGUCCAGGGAGGUGUGGACUGGAUGAGGAAGCUGGCUUUCCGGUACCGAAAAGUGAGAGAGAUCUAUGAUAAACAUAAAAGCAACGUGGGCGGUCUUCUCAGUCCCCAGAGAAAGGAAGCACUUCAGAGACUAAGAGCAGACAUUGAAGUUUUAACAGACUCCUGGUUAGGAACUGCCUUGAAAUCUUUACUUCUCAUCCAGUCCAGGAAAAAUUGUGUGAAUGUUCUGAUCACUACCACCCAGCUGGUUCCAGCUCUUGCCAAAGUUCUCUUGUAUGGACUAGGAGAAAUAUUCCCUAUUGAAAACAUUUACAGUGCUACCAAAAUUGGGAAAGAGAGCUGCUUUGAGAGAAUCGUGUCAAGAUUUGGGAAGAAAGUCACAUAUGUAGUGAUUGGAGAUGGGCGAGAUGAAGAAAUUGCUGCCAAACAGCACAACAUGCCUUUCUGGAGGAUCACAAACCAUGGGGAUCUCGUGUCCCUCCACCAGGCUCUGGAGCUGGAUUUCCUCUAAGAACUGGAACGAAGAGAUUUCCUCAUGAGCCCCUUUUCACUUCAGAAGGGAGCUAGAAACUAGAACCAACUG